CUUCGUCGCGGUGGCAAUACGAAGCCGACAUAUGAAGCUGAUUCAACUGGGGCAUGCGGACGAAGGCGUGUCCUCGUUCUUGCUGGGGACGUGCGGCCGUCAAGUUCUUUUGGACUGCGGCUUAAACCUGAAGGCACUUGUGCAUUUGCCUUUGCAUGGUGCAUUUCGUUUCCACGGGCCAAGUUUGCACUUCAUCGACGCCCAAACCGUCGACUACGUUGUGAUAUCCAACCACAUGAGCUUGCUUGGCCUUCCUCUACUCACGGAACGCACCGCUUUCAAGGGCGAGAUCUUUGCCACGGCGCCAUCUGUACAGUAUGGCCGGAGGAUGCUCCUGGACAUGCUGGACAUGGUGCAAACGCGACAAAGCAACAGCGGAGGGCGGCCGUGGAUGUCUCGAGCGCACAUCAAGACGCUGCCCCAUGCCGACCAACAGCUGCUCCUGGGCAUGGAGUACGACCAGUGGGCCGACCCGUACACGCGGUUUGAAAUCGAGCGCUGUCUGCAACGCAUUACGAUUGUGCCGUAUCACCAAACGCUGACGUUAUCGUACGAACUCAAAGUGACGGCGGUCAGUUCUGGCUUUGCCCUUGGCGCGGCGUGCUGGGUUGUGGAAAGCCCCAUGGAAAAACUGGUAUACGUCCCGGCCGCGUCGUCCGAAGUAAAUCGUCACCCCGCGGCGCUGGACGUGCAGCAUUUACGGGAUGCAGACAUUAUGUUGGUGACCGACCUCAAAAACGACCGAGACACCCGCAUGAUUGACAAGCGCCUCGAGACUUUCCUCAACCACCUCCUCGCUGUAUUUACCCGCCGCGGAACGUCCGUCGUGCCCUGCCAUUUCGACGGCAUCCUGUUCGACUUGCUGGAAAAUCUCCAGCUGUUCCUUGCUGCGAUCAACCACGCGCCCAUUCCCAUCUACUUUGUCGCAACCGAGCCGUUGGACGCGGAGCCCUGUGCCCCACAAUGGCUAUGCCAAUCGAAAAUGCAAAAGCUUUUUGCCGGCGCGUCUCCGUUUGUCCAUGGCCAACUGCGGGACGAAGGACAUCUCCGGUUUGUCUCGCCUGGUUCCCCCGUGCCCGUCGAGGAACCGUGCAUUGUGUUUGCCAACCACCCGAGCCUCCGCAUCGGCGACGUCGUCCAGUUGAUUCCCAAGCUCCAGCGGAACGCCGCCAAUGCGAUUGUGUUUAUUGAUCCGUAUGUGUCGCCAUUCGAGGCCAUGACGCCGUUCCAGCCGACGGCGCUCAUGGAAGUGAUCCACGCGCCUAUAGACUUUCGCCUAUCAUGCAAUAAUGCCAAUAUCCUCAUCGCCGAGUGCAAACCCCAGACGCUGGUCCUUCCCGCCUGCUACGCCUCCGCCCCCCACCCCGACGGGCAAUGUGUCCGCAGCUUAAAAGACCUGAUUGUAACUCGAGAGGUCGACUCGACCGUGCUACUCCACCAUUUGGAGCCAAUUAUUGUGACAAAACCGAAAAAGGCAGUCGAUGCUGUCCUCGACCCCGAGCUGGCAGCCCAAAUCAACCUGACGACCAUCGAUAAGCACGCGGCGGCGCUCGUGCGCACGACACUCUCGUUUGCAUCUGGACGUGUGGAAUUGAAGGCGGUGGACGGCGACUUCUGGGCGUUCCGCCGCCCCCCUCCUCCACCUCCUGCUGCUGCUUUGGACCCAUCCAGUCACUCCUCGUUGGAGCAUGCUGAUGGAGCCCCGUGCAAGAAGCUGUGUGUGCGAGAGCAGAGCCACGUCCUGCUGGGCGAGCUCGACCUCGAGUCGCUCUUGCACCAACUGCAGGUCGAGUUUGGGCCAGUGCACAUUGAAGACCUCGAUAUGGCGACCCAAGUGUCGUUUGGGGAUACGGUCAUAACGUUUGUCACCAACGAAAACAAGACGGUGGUCGCGUCUGGCAGCGAUCGCGUCCGUGACCGCGUCGCACAUCUUGUCGUUGGCCAGUUGAGUCGGUUUUAGCCACGAACAACAUAGGCACUAUAUAUCUCGUUCGUUCUGGGAGAGUCAAGUGCUAGCUAGCUAUAAUGACAUGCAACGUCUUGGCAAGAGUGAAUCAAGUGGCCACUAGGAGGGGAAGAUGCUGCUACUUCCCUUUGGACAAAUCGAGACCAAAUAUUAACGGUGAAAAAAGAAAAAUAGUGUAC